AUGGAACACCCUGAGGUGAAGGGACCCACGCGGAUCCUGGUCAAUGACAAGGAUGUUAGCAACGAGGGGGGCCUACCCAAAGCUAGGAAGUGGUUGAAGGAGCUAGUAAAAAAUGUGUUCCUACAGGAGGACACGGAAGAUGCCUUUCCAUUCAACAACAAGGCUCUUCGGAACACUUUCUGGACCUCCCAACUGAUGUGCACCAGGAUAAUUCUCCUGUCUUGCUUCUUCUCCUUCGUUGUGGCGUGGCAGCAGAAUAUCCCCCUGAUCGGGGAGGACGGGCUGACCCCCGCAAAGGAGCACGUGAACAAGAUGAUGAAGGACCUGCACGACGAAGGCAUCUGGGAAAAGUUUCGGACCUUCCACUCGCUUUUCUGGUUCCUUCCGGCAAGCGAUUUGGUCCUCACGGUGUUGCCGAUAGUAGGCAUGGUUCUGUCCCUGGUGGCCCUCCUGCUGAACCAAAUAAAUAUAGUGACCGUCCUGCCGAUAUACGUAAUCCUGCAGUCCAUUUACAGCGUGGGGAAUGUUUGGUAUAAUUACGUUUUCGAGAUAGAGUUGCUGGAGUUGGUAUUUUUGAGUCUGCUUCUGGUACCCCUGUGUAGGAACCAUCUGAAGUGCAGGUUCUCUAGCACCCCCUUUGUUCGGUACGUGUGUCGAUUCUUCGUUUUCAAGGUGUUGUUGGGGUCCAGCUUAAUAAGGUUCAGGAACACAGAUUCGUGGGGAAACUUGGAGGGGAAGUAUUACCUGUACGAAACGCAGCCGUUACCAUCAAGCAUUGGAUAUAUCUUUCAUGGAAGCUUCACCAUGAGCAAACUGGACAAUCUGUUUUGCAUCCUAACAGAAUGUGUCUUCUCCUUUUUCAUUCUUUUCCCUGUAAGGUCGUUUCGGCUAAUAGGUGGGGUAUUGAUUCUUCUCUACUGCGUACUAAAUUUCGUUACUGGGAAUUCCUACCUGUUUUACGUUUUGCUGGUGGCUCCCUUAAUGUUUUGCUUCGACGAUGAGGUGCUUCUCCCCUUUGUUUUAAAGUCGAGGAGGAAUGAAGUGCUCUCCGUGGUGAGGGAGAAGGCGACGCAGCUAUCCAAAAGCAGGGGAUAUUUCCAAAGUUUUGAUGUGCUCUACUGUACCGGGUUCAGUGUGGACGAAGUGAACAAGAUGAAGGACGCCUAUUUUAGGAUCGACUCGGAGGAGGGUGCCUACAAUGGGGAUGACAAGGAAGGAAGUGCUUGGAAUGGAGGAAAUCACUGGAAUGGGUGGAACAACACAAGGGGAAUAUCUUCCCAACCGGAGAAGGAGCACCUCCUAAGCAGGGCAACUUCCAACCAGGAAACGAACUUCUACCCGGAAGAGAACCACAUGGAGUGCAUUAAAAAGGACGUGCUGAAUGCGUUUCAUUGGAUCUUUUCAAAAAAGGGACCACAGUAUAUACUGAACAAUUAUAACACUUCCAGGGAGUUGAUCGUUCAUGUGGUUUGUGUCCUCAUCAUGCUCACAUACAACAGUUUUUGCGUGUAUCUCACGUAUUUUACGAGGGAGUCCAUUUUUCUGUUUUUUGUCUAUGUCUCCAUUUUCCUUGUCUACAUGGUUUAUCUUUUUUUUUUCACAAAAAAUGUGUUCCCCUGUUUGGUCAGCCAAGUGGGACUUCUCUUCACUGUUUCGCUGAUCUACACGAACUACAUUUUUCAGCAUGGAUUUUCAGACGUGUAUUUUUCGAGUUUAUUUUUUUUACACCUGUUCUGUUUACUCUCCCUCUCUGUGUUCCACCUGAGCAAUCAAAGGUUCGUUGUGAAGUGCCUUUCCCAAUAUUUCUACUUUGUUCUGUUUCUGUAUUUUUUGUGCUUCUUCGUGCAGAAUGCUUUGUCUCCACUGCAGGUGAUGAAUGCAGAGUAUGGCAACUUCCAGCAGAUGAAUGUCUAUGGAUCCUUUGGACAUAUCAAUAAAGUCAGACGGGAGAUCAUUAUAACGGCUAGUAACCCAUCCAACGGGUCGUCUAUUGCAACAUCGGGGGGAAAACUCCACUCCGGGUGGGACAACUACGAAUUCAACUGCAAGCCAGACAAUGUGGAGAAGACCCUGUGCAGUCAGUUCAGACUCGUCUAUGGCUUCCUCCCCGUUUUGUAUGUAGACAGACUGGAUUGGCAGUUCAACCAACUCAGUUACAGUGACGACCAAACUAUUUUACACACUUCAUGGUUUCAAAGAUUUCUUAACAAACUCGCUUCUAACGAUGAAGGCGUCCUCUCCCUGUUGUAUAGAACCCCUUCUUUUGUAAACCCUCCUCCGGGGAAGAACCCAUCCAAGUCGGGUACCAUCCAUUUGACCGUCUCUAGUGACGUGUAUAGAUUCUCCCCACAGGGGGAAAAGAAUGCCUGGUGGGAGGUGGUCUCUUCGAGGGUCAUCCUUGAGCAGAAGGGCCUCCAAGCAUCAAACGGUGGGUUUAUCACGAUUGGCACACACAAUGGGGUGAACCCUCCAGAUGAACGAAACAACCUCCUGCGUGUAGGCUACUCUCCCGGCAUUCAGCGUAGUGGUAGAUCCACGUACCAAGGUAACCAUUAUGGAUCCACGGUUGAAGACACUUCAGGGGAAACGAUGUCGGGGAAGAUAAUAUCGCAGCACAACAUGAGGAAGAAGAAGCACCGAGUUGCGGAACAGGGAAAACUCCACGUGGAAGAACCAGAAACGACAGAGAAGGAGUCACUCCCCAGGAAGAUACGCACGCAGGAAAAAAAUAGAUAUGCACAAAAGAAGAAAAACUUUUUUAGGCAAAAAAAACUGCAGGAGUUGAAAACAGAGGGGGAGGAAAAAGAUUCCAUGGAGGAGGCACAAAUGAUGAAGGGUAGUGAACAGUCUGGAAGGGAACACGAAGGGGAAACGCCCCCACAGUUGGAAGACGGCAUGGCAAUAGACGAUGCAGACAAAGCGAUCGAUGGGGAGAACCUCUUUUCCGCGGUGCAGAAGAUGGAGGCGGAGCGGGAGAAGGCAAGUAGGAAGGCAGCACAGAAAAGGAAAUAUAAAAUGGCGGUUGGCGUGACGGAGAAAAAAAGUCCAAACGGGGUUCUUCCCAGCAUCAUAUCGUUGAAUGGGGUUUUCCCCUCUAUGAUGUCACCCAAAGGAGUACUCUCCCUCGAUAAAGCAAUACAAAAGGAGAUGGAUGAGGCUAUCAGAAAUUCCUACAGACAAUAUGGACUGCUGAAUGAUUUUUCUCGUAAAAUUACAAAGUUGGGGUUUGUUAACAUAGACGAGGGGAGGAGUCGAUAUGGUGAAAUUAAGGAGUUGCUUGCCAAGAGUCAGGAGGAAGACACACACAAGGGGACUUAA